AUGUCCAACCCAAUCCUCCCCCUCAUCAUCCUCCUCGUCGUCGUCGCCAUCUUCGCCGCCAUAGGCUACAUCGCGUGGUCCACCGCCACAGAAGUCACCCGCAACACGCGCUCCCGCAUGGAGAAGAAGAACGUCAUGUUUUCGCGCGAUGGAAUGAAAGUGGGUGUGAAGGAGAUUCAGGAUGAGGAGUAUAAGGAUCGGAGUCAGAGUGUCCUCGUCAACAUGUGGAAUCAUACUUCUUUCCCGGCGUACAAGAGUAAGAUCUGGGAUAUGUCGGGUCCCGCGGCUGGGUGGUCGUCGUUGACUUCUUCUUCGUCGUCGUCGGGGGGGAAGAGAAGUGAGGGGGAGAAGAGGAAGGCUAAAUAA